UCAGCAAUUUGCACUUCGUGUCUUCUACUUGUUAGACUGAUUUAGUUCUAGGGGAUUAUUAGAAUGAUUUACAAUAACCUGUUUUUUUAAAUUUUGAACCCACUCAUUAAUGUUGCUUUUAAAUUUCGCCGCUCAGAUUUAAAUGCUUCUUUCGGCUACCCCAUACCAAAUAAAUAUAAUGCUCACUGCGUUGAUUUUCUAACCAUUAUUCAGAAAGCAGUCGAUUCUAAACUUCUGGGCUUAUUCUCCAGAAAUACAUGAUUAUUGAAACUUAAGUAUUUUUUUCUGAAUACUGUCCGUUUCCAUGGCGAUGGCGAUAAAUUAUCUGAAAAGACUGGCUUACAAUUUUGUACCGCGUUUGACCAAUUUAGGGUGCUUCCGAAUAACAUCGAACCGGAUAACAUCUUUGGUUAAAACUUAAAAACAGAAUUAUACACGUUGCAAAUAAAGGGGUUAGAAAUGCGUUACAGUGUUAGUUUUAAAGAGACAAUAGGUCAUAAGAUGUGAGAAGAAGAAAACGAAUUGUCAAGAUAUUAAAGCAAAAACGUUUGCUAGGGAGCAAGGUCAUCAGAUACAAAACUAGUUAAAACUUAUAUUGCACUCUACCAAAUUAUUGAACUUUCAGAGCGAAGUAUUUUGACCUUACAAUGUCCUUAAGCAACACGUGUAAAGUGUUCUACGUGAUACUGAAUGCCUUGCUCUGACUUUAUCGGGAGUAGACCAUGUUUGCCUUUGAAUAACUUUGACCAAAAGACCUUCGUGCAUCUGUAAUGGCUGUAAUUAUUUUCCUCAGCUCCGUUAUUCCUUUUUUUUUGGCUAACUGGAUGCUUCCUUUGUCAGCCUGCGUACGUUGGAUUGCCUGCCGUUUCUUCAAGUACCCUCGCUAUUGUCAUACUGCUCUCGGGCGAAAACAACAACAAAACAUGCGAGCAUGCCGAAUGCCUGGUCUAUCCUUGAUUUAUAUGAAAAGCGACAAGGAAUGGUCGAAAAUUCUCUUUGGACAAAAGAGCAAAUUACCUGAGCAAUAUUCGGGCGCUCAGUGAAUGAUCAUUAUUCUCUCCAAUGGAAACCGCAAUUAUAUGCAUUUUCCGGAAACUGUUUCAAAUACUUAGUGGCUACUGGAAAAAUAAUAAAGGCGGUGCAGAAUUUAUUUUAUUUUUUAAAUCAAGAUUUUCUGGACGAAGUUUGUAAAAUUUGUCAUUAGCUGUUUCCUUAUCCGGGAAUCGGGUCCAGCCCAACCAUUGGCUCUCACAGUCACAUGGGUGACUAACUUUAUUCAGUUGACAGCAAGUAGGAGGGCUUUAUGGAACGGGAAAAAAGACAACUCGAGAAAAAUUAGUAUUUUCCACCUUCAGAAAUUAAUGACCAUGAGUUCGUAUUUGAUGAACUCUAAAUAUGUGGAUCCCAAAUUUCCUCCUUGCGAGGAAUACUCGCAAAAUAACUACAUACCUGACCACUGCUCAGAGUAUUACAGCCAGCCGCAGGACACUGAUUUUCAGCACCAAGGAGUCUAUCCACGGUCAAACUACAGCGGCCAGUCGUACAGCUGCAGCAACGCUCGGGGCUCUCCAGUGCAGCAGAGGGGUCAUGUGCAGGCACAGCCCGCUCCUCAGAACCACCUCACAGGACAGGGGGAGCCCGUUGCACCGCUCCAAGUGUCCAUAGCCCGGCCUUGCAGCCAGCAGCAACACAAUACAAAGAAUCAAAACGGCACAGCAACCAAACAGCCAGCAGUGGUUUAUCCUUGGAUGAAGAAAAUCCACGUUAACACGGUGAAUCCUAGUUACACUGGAGGGGAACCAAAACGUUCACGAACUGCCUAUACAAGGCAGCAGGUUUUAGAACUGGAAAAGGAAUUCCAUUUUAACAGGUAUCUGACAAGACGACGUCGUAUUGAAAUAGCCCACACUUUAUGUCUUUCCGAACGCCAGAUCAAAAUUUGGUUUCAGAACCGAAGGAUGAAGUGGAAAAAAGAUCACAAAUUGCCAAACACUAAGACCAGAUCGUCUAGUUCUUCUUCUGCUUCCAGCCAACAGUCACAAACUAUUUCCAAGGACCAACAAACAGACCUCACAAGUUUAUAGAGCAACAUCUUAUAAGUGGUUCUUUAAGUGUAUAUAAUAAGACAUUUCCAGGCAGAAACUGCAUGUACCGAUAACAUGGCUUGUAGGUGCUUUCCUGUUGCUUUUUACGGCAUUGAAGCGACCUUAUCUUAUACAGUCACCUUGUUCUUAAAUGUAGGUAAUGAAACAAAAAAAAAUGGUAAAGUUAUCUUAGCUCUAAUAGAAACGAUUGCGACUCUAAUAAAUGGGUGUUCUUACCAUACAACACACCUUAGUAACCUUAAUAAGUCCAGGGUACUAAGACAUGAAGACAUGGUGAGGUAUAUGGUCCAGGAAGGUACAUGUAUAGUCUGCUAGCAUGAAUUUGAAAGGCUGCGAAGCUUGCUCAUGGUCCUUUUUUAUUUUAUAUAAGGCUCAGCGAUUUGUUGUGGUAAUUUCUUAUUUCCACGGCUAUUUUGCUCGUAAUGUGUAUUUUUGCGAUUCCAUUUCUUUGUGUAUAUUGUGUUGAUAUUCGAGAUUUAUAGUGAUCAGGAAUUAGACAGUGUUUUGUGGUUUCUUUAUUUAAAAUAAGAGAAUGGUAUUUGUAUUGUGCUGCUGAAUGGAUUAUUGUUACAGUGCAAGAUUGCAUACAUUUUUAUGUUCAAGAAUGAUACCAAAAUUCGUACGCACUACUAAAGUUCGAAAAUAAAUUAGUAGUAACAAGCUGAAUCGCGUGAGUAGUUUUCCUUUUGGUAUCUGUUUAUAUGUUUUUGUAUAUGACUGCAGCUAGUGUUGCGACGCUGUCGUGAACAAAUGCCACGAAAAGAGACCUUCCAUA